AUGAACAGCACUGCCAGCGAGGAAACUGUUGUGCUGAUGCCCGAGCUGUGGGACCUUGUGUUCAACUGGGUGGGCGUCACCGAAGGUCUCGCCAACGUGGGCCGCGUGAACCACGCCUUCCGCGACAUUGUGCGCCGCCAGUUCGAACGUCGGCGCCAGAACUUCGCCACCAGACUGGCAGAAGGACAAGUGCAGUGGAAGCGCGUCGAGUGCAUCGGCUCGGCAGCUCCUGAUCUCCAACUACCUGAGUCGCGAGAGGACGACGCGGCAGAGGAUCAGAGGAACUACAUCGCCCACUCGCUCACCUACUUCAACCUCCAGUCGACCCACACGUACCCCGACCCCUUGAUGGUCGCGGCCCUCAACACGAAUACGCUAAUGACUUGGUGUCCAUCCACCACCAUCAUCACCAGAAGAGGUGCGACGGAGCCCGUGCUGGCCCGGUACGGAGGUUCGUUCCCCGUGGGGGUCGGCCACAACUUGGAGGUGGUGUUGCCCGCCUCGCUGUGCCCCAUGCUGUUCUCUCCCGCCCUGUUCUUCUACAAGUUCGAUGGCUGGGAGCCGGAGGCGCGUUCUGGACACUCGGCGCACCGGAUCAACAACGGCGCUCACCUCCUGUUCUUUGGAGGCCAAUAUCGCAACCGCGAGAGAGCUCCGACCGCGAGUCAUCCGGAGGGGUGGAAGUUCUUCAACGACACCUUCCUGUUCGAUCUGGCCGCCCUUGCCUGGAUUCCGUUGGCGUGCAAGGGGACGCCGCCUCACCCCCGCGCAUCCCACAGGUCCGUGGUCGUGGGGCGCAAGUUGUGGGUGGUCGGAGGCUGCUACGUGGACGAGGACUACACUUGGCACCACUUUGCCGAUGUGUGGACCCUGGAUCUAGAUACGUGGGAAUGGAAGGAGGAGAGCGUUACGGGCGAUCAACCACGGGGAAGGCAGAGCCACUCGCUCUGCGUCAUUCCGAACACCAAGCGCGUCGUUCUCUUUGGUGGCCAUGCAGAGGACGUGCCGCAAGACCUCAAUGAUUGCUUCAUCCUUGACACUGAGCACAAGACGUGGACCAAGGUAGAAUACGCCAACAAGAGCCCCGACGACGUUCCCCUGGGCAGGUGGGGCCACUCCGCCUUCGUCCUGGGCAACACGCUCGCGGUGCUGGGAGGGAUCUCGCUGGAGCCGAUCGACCAAACAUUCGCGCUCAUCAAGUACCUGUGGGUGAUGGACCUCGACGCACGACAGUGGAAGAGGCACAUGCUGUCCCUGCACCCGUCGGCCUGUGACCUGUCCGACCUGUCGGACCACAACGACAGCGACAACGACAACGAGGAGGUGGAGCGGUCGGGCGUGCUCAACAGGCGCGUGGCCUUCCAGGCCGCGGCGGUCGGUGUCGACCAGAUCUGCCUGUUCGGAGGCAACAAGGACCAUGGCCUCUGGGUGCUGGAAUGA